UGUUGGUUUUUUUUUUUUUUUUUUGUGUGUGACAAAUAAAAACCAUCCUGGACACCAAGUUGGGCUGCUAAUAAUCCUUUAUAUAAGCAAGUUUUUAAGGGUAAAACUUCUGAAAAACUCUUAAACAAAGCUUGAUAAGAAACAUGGGUCGGAAAUUGGAUGCACUUCUGGGGAGAAACUUCAAGGUGUCAAAAUUCAAAACCAUUACAAAACUAGCUAUUUCAAGGAUUUCCAUACUCUCGAACCAACACCAAACUAGGUUGUCACAUGCUCGUUCUGAUGUUAAGGAGCUACUUCAGCUUAAUCACCAAGAACGAGCUCUCCUUCGUAUUGAGCGUGUAACAAUGGAGCAGAACAUGUUGGACGCGCUUUCCAUGGUAGAACUUUACUGCCAUCUCCUCCUCGACAGAAUCAAGCUCAUGGGGAAAAGGAAAGGAGAGCCAUGUCCUGAAGAGCUUAAGGAGGCAGUAUCAAGCUUGAUCUAUGCAGCUUCAAGAUGCGGUGAAUUCCCAGAGCUUCACAAGAUCCGUGAAGCUUUGACCUCCAAAUAUGGCAAGGACUUUGCUGCUCGUGCAGUUGAACUACGCAACAACUGUGAAGUGAAUCCCAAGAUGGUACAAAAGUUUUCAACUAGGAAGCCAAGUUUCGAAACCAGAAUGAAAGUUUUGAAGGAGAUUGCUUCUGAAUGCGGUGUAACUCUUGAUUUAGAAGACGAUUCUGUGAAUGAUCAUAAGCGGGAGAAGCUGAAUAUGAAGGAGCAGGAGCAGGAGCAGGAGCUUACUAAAGCUUCUGCUAACUUGGAUGACACUACCCAGAAAUUACAUGAUACUGUUUUGAGUGAAGAGACCAAGCAAGCAGUGCACUUCUCUGAAUCAAUGAAAACUAGAAGAAAGUACAGAGACGUGGCAGAUGCUGCCCAAGAAGCAUUUCAAUCAGCAGCUUAUGCAGCCAACGCUGCAAGAGCUGCUGUUGAACUCUCCAUGUCCUUAUCAAUAGAUAAGGGUUUUGAGGAUCGUCACGGUUCAGAUAAUCAAGGUGGGAAUGCGUCAGAUUUCGGUAUUUCUUCUACAACCAAAGCUGAUAUGACCAACACUUAUGCAGCCUCAGGAGAGUCUGAAGAUUUAGAUAACAGACAGAGUUCUGAAAAGAUUGAAAUUGUUGAAACCGUCGAGGAACUGGGCUCAGAAUCAGAAUCAGAAUCUGAACCAGAAUCAGAAUCAGAAGGUGAAGACAAUAGUAAUCUGGGAGAUGUAGCAGGGAAGGAAAAGAAACCAAUAGAAAGAAAACCAUCCUCUUCAUAUUCAGAUACUGACAAAAGAGAGAGAGGAACGUGUCUCGACCAGCAUGAUUUGGAUUCCUUUAGCGUACCCAAAUCUCCAAUGAACAAGCAUUACAGAACGUUUAAUGCAACUACAGAUGACCAUUUAUCACACGAGGACAGUAUUAAGCCUUCAUCCAAAUCUACACCGUGAUUUACAUAUAUUUCACGGGUUGGUUUCUUUGGUCUGAGUUUAUAAGAAUGAAUAAGCUGGAAAUUUAUAAGUACAGCACUGAAAAUCGAGCUAGAAAGACGGUGUACGCGAGGAGUACUUGGUGAGUUCAUGGGGGAGAAUGGUAUAAAUUUAUUUAAUUUUUUUGUACAAAUAGUUCAUGAUGAGUGAGCUUUCAACGCACUGAGUUAGUUUUCGAAUAUAGAAUUUUGAAUAAGUAUAUUUUUGAGUGAAUUGGUUUGUCUUGUAGAAUUACGACUAGGAGGUUGUUAUUGUGCUUUUUGGGAUAGCCCUCUUGUAUUGAUGUGUUAAUGUUGUCUAUAAUAUAUUCUACUUAUCCAUUUUAGAUAAGUAAUUAAAGCCCUUAA